AGUAUUAUCAUAUGUUUCUUAAGAAAAAUCUUUAUUCAUCCAUAUUUGAAGUAGUUUCAGGUUCAGCAAAACAAAUAUAAAGAUGUAAUAGAAGACGUGCGCUCCAUGUUAUAAAAGGAUAUACACUGUACAUGCAGUUACGUAUAGUUCGUGGUAUACGAGCCAUAACUAGGGGUAACUUAAUAUUUGAGGCUAAUCCACUCUGCCACAAAGAGUGGUGAGAAGCGAGAUGUAACAGGUUGUGAGAUACGAUCGAUCGAGACCCUGUAGUUGUGUGUGAUGAUGAGAACGUCGAGCCGAAUGGGCGGACAUUAUCGAUCUGUGUGGGUGUGUGUGCUUUAAAUCAUAACAUUUAUUGUCAGAAUAUUCAUCUCGUUUCAUUUUUAUCACUAGCAAUAAAAUACACCUGUAUUUUGUGAAAUUCAGACCAAAAAGGCUAUCAUCUUUGCUUGGGACAUAAUAAUUAAAAAAAAGCGGUAUGUGUUUGAUGGAUCGACUGCCGGACUUGUUUUAGUCCCAAGAAACAUUUCACCUCCCACCCAUGCAUAAGUUUGAUUUUGAACGUUGCCUACAGUGAUAGGCAGCCAUUUCACACUUAAAAAUUUAUGCAAGUUGCAAAGCAUCGAACAAAGUCAUCAUGCGUGGAAAGUUGGAAUGUGCAGUUUCCAGCAUGAUUUAAGGAAAGAAGUUACCAAAGAGUCAUGUCCCUUUGCCUAACAGCCUGAGGGGAUCGGCUCUCCUUGAUUUUGUUUAGGUUUUCAGGUCGUGCUUCGAUUUGGAUAAAAGUGUUUACGUGUGCUUCUGCUUCAUUUUCUUCCUCUUCAUUUGCAGCUGGACUAUAUACAUCUUGUUAUUUUGAAGUACAAACUAUUCUGAUCUAUUGGCUGGGUUCCGCUCCACCUGGUUCACUCGCUUCUGGUAGCGACAUUUUGCUGCAGUAAAUAAACUACAGCAGAGUUCGAUCUCCACCUUUUUGGCUACUGUACCAUCAAAUGGUGAAGAUUAAAGGUACGAAAAAGUAUCAACUCGUGAACAAUGGCGACCUUUACGACAAUCACCGGGGCCUUGCAGCAAUAUGCUAAACUCGUACCACAACGUCCGGCAUUCAUCUUCCAUGACUGCCACGGGGGUCGCCAGGUCCUCACCUACGAGCUCAUCUAUCGUCUUGGUGGACGGUGGGCCGCUGUACUCAAGGCAUCGGGCUUGGGGCGUGGUCACUUCAUCCUCAACACGCUGCCCAACUCUCCCGAGAGAGCUGUGUGCGAGACGGGCCUCCUCAUGUCGGGGGCCGUCUCCGUCAACGGUCAGUGUCAGCUGGCAGACGGCUCCGACAUCCUACACGGACUGCAGAAAUCUCAAGCCACGGCUAUCGUCCUCGACCCUGAUGUCGACAACAGUCCCUGGAAUCCGCUCAGGACCCGCCUGCAACUCAUCGGCCAAAACGAUGUCGCUUGUGAGAAACUCCCGAGUCUCCGGAAAGUCUUCUUUAUUCGGCGAAGUGAAAAGGGUAGCGACGACGACUUUCUGAGUCACCUGGAAAACCUCAACGAUUGGUUCUGCGACGACGAAAUCACCGCGGAUGACAUCUGCACGGUCUUCACCACCUCGGGCAGCACUGGCUUUUCUAAGCUCGUAGCCUACACUCACGGCGUUCUAGCAGGGUUAGUAAAUAAAAGGGAUUAUUUUAGAGAAGAUGUUCCAGAGUAUUCAAAACGAUUCGUCAUUUCCCCAUUUGGCUGGACAGGUGGAUUUGUGGGCCACACGUUCAUCUCAGCCAGCACCCGAGUGCUUUUCGACAUGAGAACUGGGAAGCCCGAAGAUAUGGUGGAUUUCAUACAUCGAACGAUACAAGAAGAAAAAUGUGAUACUGCCAUUAUUGCACCAGCUUUCAUCCUACAAAUUUUCAACAAAAGACAAAAGCUGUUAGAAAAACAAGAAAACCAUGGGUAUAAUUGUUCCGUGUUUGGUGACUGGAAACUAAAAACGCUCUAUCUAGGUGGUCAACCUAUAACUAAACAAAUUUUGGAAGCCGCUUCAGCUUUUUCUGAAAAAGUAAUCGUCUCCUACGGAGGAAUCGACAUUGGGGUGAUAUCCGUCCUCAGCGUAGAUGACCCAAGCAAAUGCAACGACUUCGACUGCGGCAUUCCUAUUCACGGGGUAGAGGUAAAGAUCGUCAGCACUGAAGACGAGGGUACAAUUAUGCCAACUGGAGAACGUGGCCUUAUUUUGGUCAAGCACAAUGACACAGGUAUUAGUUACCUCAAUGACCCUGAUGCCACAAAAGCGGCCUUUACCUCAGAUGGUUUCAUUCGAACAGGUGACAUAGGGAAGCUCACCGCUGAUGGUCACCUCAUUGUGGAAGGUCGAGGCAGCGACGCCAUUUCUCGUGGUAUGUCUAUUUUCUACCCUGAGUGGCUGGAAACUCGUAUUCGUCGGUGUCCCGGAGUGGUGGACGUGGCGGUGGUAGGUGUGCCGGAUCCUGUGGUCGGCGAAGAGCUCUGCGCGUGCUUGUUGCUGGAGUCGGACGACAUCACCGUGCAGUCAGUACAAGAGUUUGUAGAGAAGGACAUCGUGACCUCCAUCGAUGACCCACUUUCGCCAAGACCCAGAUUUUACUUGAAGUUUGACUCAUUUCCCUUGACGAGCACAGAGAAGACGUAUCGUCGUCGUAUCAGAGACGAAGCAACAGCACGUCUUUUGCAUUAGGAUGCAUUAAGAUAUAUGUAUAUAGAGAGAGAGACAUUAAAUCACCUAGAAUGUGUGAAGUGCCUCUUUUGCCCUGAAAGAGCUGAAACUGAACAGCAUUCUCUCCUUGUAUGCCCUAAAAAUACUCUCAGCACCUUUCCUUUUCCAUUCGUCACUCUUGAUGUCAGAUAACCCAAUGUUUAUUACACUACGCUUUGCCUCUUUUGUUUACCAUACAUUGGAAAUAAGAAAAGGUUGGGGAAAAGAUUGAAGCCCAUUGUACCCAUGGGUGGUCAUAUAGAAAUGUCAAUGUAAGUUACAUGAUGUACUGUGAUUAAUAUUUUGAUAAAUAUUAGUUUUUGUACCGGUGUAUUUACAUGACUUAUGGUGUUGAAUGACUUAAUACAUAUCUUUACUUGUACCUGUGCAUAUUUUGUGCUUAUACAUAAUUGUAUGACUAUUGACUUAAUGCACUACGAUAUUUAUGUGUAUUUGUGCAUGUGUAUAUUGUAAUGGUUUGAUGCAUGACUGUAUUUAUAUCAUAUGUAUUACACAUACAAGGAUGGAAGUCUAAAGGCUAGCAUGGUUAAAUACCUGCAUUAUACAUUGUAUAUUAUCAUGUUGUACCCCCUAUAAAUGAGGUCAAAAUCCUAAAUCAUUAACAAUGUCGCAUCUUAUCGGAUCUUUCAGUUUCUCUUUCUCUCUCACACACAUUCUUUCUCUCUCUAUCUCACUUGACACAUAUUUACACAUACUUCAUACCUAUACAUGAACAUCUCUUGUUCUCUUACUAUCCAGAGGAUAUGGGUCAGUUAUCUUUGGUGAUAACAUGAGAGAUGAAUAUAUAUGUACCAGUAACAGUACACGGAUUGGAUUAUUGUUAAUGAUAAGACCUAACAAAACAUUAAUGGAUCAUUAUCUGUAAAUGCUUGUUGAAAGUUAGCUAUAUUUAACUCCUAUAGAGUCUGUACACAAAGAGACAAAGACUGAAAGCAGAGACAUUUUAACAGGUGAAGUAAUGGACCUUGACCACGAGACUUAACCUCUGUUCCUCUCACAUUUUCACGUCUUUAUUUAUGCUUGUACGUUGAUAUAAGUGAUGAAAUAUUAAACUAUAAUUAUCAAUAUCUUA